UAGGUCAAAGUAAGGAAGCAAGCAAACAAACAAAGUGGGCCAGGCGAAGGGCUGUAAGCACGCACGCAAAGGAUUUUGUGUUGCAAAGCAAAGGAUAGGAUUGUGAUGCAUCGCGGUACUGUCGGCUCUAGUCUACUCUUGGAUUAUACGCGACACUGGUAAUAUAACAUUUCUUAAUUAAACACAGAUCGAAGCUCCCAAGAAACCUCCACCGACGAUCAUUUUUGUUCCGAGAAGCUAAUUAAUUGAGCUAUAUAGCGAUCGAUGGGGAAUUGUGUGUUUAGAGGGGCUGGAGUGGCCGUCGACGACGAAGACAACGACGUGAGGGUCAAAGUGGUGACAUCCAACGGGGGUAUUAUGGAGCUGUACCCACCCAUAACGGCGGAGUGCAUCACCGACGAGUUCCCAGGCCACCGCCUCUUCCGCACCCGCGACCUCUUCUCCGACCCACUCGUCCACAACGAACAACUUAACGCCGGAGAAUUGUACUAUCUCCUCCCUGCCUUCGCCGACCCUCCCCAAAAGCCCACCGCCGGCGCACAGGAAGGCCAUUCCUUCUUCAACCAGCUUAACAUAUCGACGGCGACAAGUACUGCUACUUCUAUGGUUACGCCGUAUCGCAUGUCGCUGGACAACUACGGGGGAGGGGGAUUGCUGAAGCGAUCAGACGCGGAGGUAUUCCCGAGAUACAACAGCGCAGGGGUGUGGAAGGUGAAGCUGGUGAUAAGCCCAGACCAGCUCUCGGAGAUUUUGUCGCAGGAGGCUCGAACGGAGGCCUUGAUUGAGAGCGUAAGGACCGUCGCCAAGUGCGGGAACGGCGGCCUGUCCGUGUCAUCGGCCUCGUCGGUGGCCAAUUCCGAUCAGGGGUAGCUCUUCCAACUCCUACACAUUCUUAAAAGAUUUUAUAUAUAUAUUAGAUCUGAUUAGUCUUCUUUCUUACUUUCUUUCUUUCUGUUUUGUAAUCGCACUGUAAUUGCUAUGUUAUGAAAUGGUUCGCUGCAGGGUAGUGGAUAUAGUCA